AGAGGAGGAGAGUAGUCGUGCAAACAUCCUCUUGCUCUGCGCAUGCCUUGGAGAAGUACUGCCCUUCCAUUUUUUCAUCAACCUCAAUUUCCAACGUUGACGUUGUUGGAAAUUCGUGACAACGUUGGAUACCGAGUGUGAAACUGUGACAACAAUUUGAAAACGAGCUCAGGACUGCCUUUGGAAAGAGGACUUUCAUAGGAAAAUAGUGAUACUUUAUGGAAGUGACUUUGUUUACAAAUGGACUUCUCGUGUGCUCCUGACGGGAUAAAGUUCAUACUUAACCAUAAAACGGCUUAAUUAACCAGUUAAGGACGUCUCUAGUCCGUCAUUAACCAGAUGAAUCAUUAACCUAAACGUCCCCGACCUGUGGCGACGCCCUAAGUGACUUUGUCAUAUAAAUUUUUCGAGUCGAGAAAUAUAUCGGAGGGAAAUUUGCAGAUUUUUUUUUAGCAAAUUUCGACCGAAAAAUGGAGGAACUCUACUGUUCGGAGGCGCCGGCCACGUGCCAAGAAGGACCCAUCGCAGAGGCGGAUCCUACGCUGCUGGACGACCACAGAGUCCUGGACAAUCUGCUGCACUUGCAACCGUGCAGCAUUCCUCCGCAGGACUAUUUCGUGCACAUCCAGAAUGACAUCCAGCCCUACAUGCGGAAGGUGGUGGCCAAGUGGAUGAUGGAGGUCUGCGAGGAACAGGCUUGCGAAGAUCAGGUGUUCCCCGUGGCAAUCAACUUCCUGGACCGCUUCCUGUGUACCUGCGUCGUGCAGAAGACCCAGCUGCAGCUCCUGGGGGCCGUCUGCCUCCUGCUGGCGUCGAAGCUUCGGCAGUGUCGACCCCUCUCGGUCGAGCUCAUGUCCUACUACACCGAUUACUCCGUCAGCGCUGAGGAGAUCAAGCGGUGGGAGUUACUCCUGGUGUCGAAAUUGGCCUGGGACUUGUCUCCGGUGACGGCGGGAGAUUUCAUGGACCACCUCCUCAGGCGGCUCCCCUCCAGAAUAGGCAGGGAGCCUACUGUCAAGAGGCACGCCACAGUCUUCGUCGCCCUGGCCGCCACCGAACCGGAGUUCGUCCGCGUGGAACCCUCGGCCGUGGCUGUGGCCUCUAUUGCAGCAGCUGUUCGCGGGCUGCACGUGUCGGAAUGGCCAGCUGUCCUCGCCAAGCUAGCAGCUUCAGUCAACCUAGACCCCGAGGGCCUCCUCCCUGUGGUGCAGCAGAUCGAUCUCGUGGUCGAGAAAGAGAUGGCCAUUUUGCCCACAAGUGGCCAGCAACAGUUGCAGCAGCAACAGCAACAGCAGCAGCCUUCCACGCCCACGAAUAAACAGCAGUCCACCUCCAUGGAUUUCUUCGACGGGAAUGAGACGCCCACUGAUAUCGGGGACAUCCACUUUUAAGGGAUGAGGGUUCUUCUUCUCAAAGCACGUCUGUUUUGUAAACAAAAGCGGCGGCUGCUGCUUUUUCUUCUUCUUCCUCACCACUUCCAGUAGUAGAAGAUGGUCGCGUUCGUAGUAACCGUGUUGAAGAACUCCUUCGAUUAACCGACUCCUUCCUCGCAAAGGGAAGAAGUCUCGUAGCUCUAUUUUUUUUUAUAGCACAAACACAAAAGAAGCGCGUCGUCCUCAGGGGAAUAAUAAGGAAAAUAAAUGCAAGCCAGCUGGUCUCAAUAGUAAGCCUCUUCAUAUUCAUCGCCACUCUUCAUCUCUAUUAUCAUCAUCACCGAUAUUGUUCACGUCUCUUAAAGCCUGCAGAUGCUACAUAUAUUUUGGAUACUGGAAUGAGCUCAGCUUGCAGAUCUUGGAUUCUGGAAUGACGUCA